UGAUAGUGGAAUGGAUGUCCACGAAUGGAGUGGGGCCGGAGACGCAUCGAAGUGCCAAGGCGCCAGGGCACACCGUAACGCGGAGAGUUCGACCCUGGGGAGACCCCAAUUUGAAUCCCCAUCGUUCACAAAUCCCGUGUUUCUUGAACAACUACACAAAAUGACGAACUUGGACAUGUUGCUCCUGAAAGGGGCCUCUGCGAGUAGUCCAGAGGAGGGCCUUCAGGAAUUGCGAUACACAAUCUUGACAAAAGGUAUACCCGCCAACAGCGAGGGCAUGUCGGAGCUACGCAUAUACAUAUGGCUCAUACUGCUCAACGCGCCUCCUCUCAAGACCGACGUAUAUCUUGACCUUGUCCGUCAAGGCGCUUCUCCAGCGCACGCCAAAAUCCAAAAUGAUACCUUCCGUACCUUCCAAGGCGAUCCUCUCUUCCGAAGACGCGUCACCCAGAACAGCAUCACGCGUGUGCUCAACGCGGUCGCGUGGAGACUGAACGAUGCACACGAGGCACGCGUCAAUGGCUGGCAGUCCCCACCCACGUUAUCUGAGUUUGGCGGUAGUCCAGAUACCUCGAUGAUGUCGCGCCCUUCCCUGACCGCGGGCACCCGUACAGAAGCGUCUACUACAAACGACGCCGAGCAGAUUGGAUACGUGCAGGGAAUGAAUGUGCUUUGUGGUCCAUUCCUAUACGCGGCAAGGAGUGAAGUCGAGGCUUUCACGGGCUUUGAGCGACUCAUCACGUACGAGUGCCCAGGUUAUGUGAGGGGGUCCAUGGAAGGUGUGCACAAAGGUCUCGCGCUUGUAGACAGAGUGCUAGAGGUCGUCGAUCCUAAGCUGUACGGUCAUCUCAUGGCACACCACAUGGAAGCCAAGAUUUAUGCUUUCGCAUCCGUGCUUACCAUGUGCGCAUGCACACCGCCACUACCUGAGGUCCUGCAGCUUUGGGACUUCCUCUUCGCGUACGGACCGCAUCUGAACAUCCUGUGCAUUGUGGCUCAGUUGGUUCUCAUUCGCGGUGACAUCUUGAACAGUCCAAGUCCCAACACUAUUCUACGUAACCUGCCCGGCCUAAAUGCUCAGAAGAUCGUAGGUGUAGCUAUGAGCUUCGCCGGCAAGAUACCUGAAGACAUGUACGCCGAGAUUAUCAACCACGCAAAAUGAGCUGGUGUAAAAUGGGGAGGAUGAGAUACGACAUUGUGCUUAUGAUUACGACCUUAUGAUUAAACGAUACCCACGGGAAAGCAUAGCUUACAAAAUCAGCAUUGUAUGAAAAACACUUUGCCAAUGUG